CUUCACCCAAGCAGCCGCAGCAUGGCCAUUCGAACAACGGCGCACUAGCACGCCAAAACCAAAAAAAGAAGAGAAUGUCCCUCUACCAUGAGGCAGCGGAGAUAUUAUCGUCUUCGUCGACAGAAGGCGGUAGCUUAAAGUCCCGGGUGUUCAAAAAGAAGAACAUAAAGUCGUCGCCGAACCAGCUCUACGCCCUCGUGCUGGAGACAAGUAAAUGGAGCUCGGUCCUCAAGGAAGCCAUCGAAUCGGCAGAACUACUCAAGCACGAGCGCAAGCUCACCCCUACGCUAUCCUUACUUUUGGUACACGAUUUGCUCCUAGCAAAGGGCGGCAUUGCCCUGCCUCAAAGUCAUGGACUUCGGGCCAGCAUCGAAAGGCACAGAGCGCGCCUGACGUCGGAGCUGACAAGGGCGAGAUUGCGCCGCAAGGCCGCGACCCUGGACGCCCUGAGGCAGCAAAUCGACAAGGCCAGUGCGCCCGAGGAGGCCGGCUACCCGCGUUGGGUGCGUGUCAACGCACUCAAGAGCAGCAUCGAAGAACAGCUGGAGACGACGUUUGCCAAGUACGACAGGGCCGGCAGCGUUGGGGAAGUCGUCAGUAACCCGGGGAGAUGCCUCUAUAUUGACCCGCACGUGCCGAAUCUGGUAGCGGUCACGUCGGGAACGGACCUGACCAAGACUGAGGCGUAUUCGGCGGGCAAGGUCAUCCUCCAAGACAAGGCAUCGUGCUUCCCGGCUUACCUGCUGGACCCUCGGUCCGAGGAUGGCGACGUGAUAGAUGCUUGUGCUGCGCCCGGCAACAAGACUACGCAUUUGGCCUCCAUCAUCCACGCCCAUCGACCCGAAUUCGAGUCUCCGGCUCAAACCAUCUACGCGUUUGAGAAGGAUCCACGGCGCGCGCAGACUCUGGAGAAGAUGGUCAAUAUUGCCGGGUCCAAGAAGAUGACCCGGAUCGCUCUCGGGCAAGACUUCUUGCAGGUCGACCCCAAUGCUGAGCGGUUCAAGGACGUCGGGGCCUUGCUCCUCGAUCCAAGCUGCUCGGGAAGCGGGAUCGUGGGUCGAGAUUCUAUGCCGGAGCUACACCUGCCAGAGCCUCCGGCGGCGGCGCAGGGCAAGGGCAACAGUUCCAGGGGCAGUACGAGCAAGCGAAAGAGAAAACACGAGCAAAUAGCCGAGCAGUCCCAAAACACAAUUCGCGACGACGACGGGAAUGAGGUGUUAGUCAAGUCGGAGAAGGACAUGGAAACACGACUGCAGUCGCUGUCGUCGUUCCAGCUGACGCUGCUACUGCACGCUUUCCGAUUCCCAGCCGCGAGGAAGGUCAGCUACUCGACAUGCUCCGUUCAUUCACAGGAGAACGAGGACGUGGUCAUGAAGGCCCUCGGAUCCGACAUCGCCAAGGAACGGGGUUGGCGUAUACUGCCGAGGGACAGGCAGGUCACGGGCAUGAAGGACUGGCCGGUGCGAGGCCUGGUGGAGGCGUGCGGCGGCGACAAGGCGAUUGCUGACGGAUGCAUCCGGUCGUACAAGGAUGACGGCCAUGGCGUCAUGGGCUUCUUUGUGGCAGGGUUCGUCCGAGAGGGCGCUUGCGCGCUGGAUCCGGCGGGCGAUGCCGAACAAGACGGACCAUACAUGCGCGACGCGGAAGGGCGCAUCAUACGAGAUAUGCUCGGGAUGCCCGUAUCAAAGGCUACCGGCGAGCCAAUUUCUCUCGUGGGGCGAGAUGAGGCUGACAGGGAUGUUGAUGCGCAGAGCAAUGGACCCAGCAAGGAGGAAUCGGCCGAAAGCGCAACGUCCGAAGAUGAUUCAAGCGAGGAGACGGGGGAACCUAUCGACGGCGACGACACGGAUGAGUGGGAGGGUUUUGGGGAGUAGUAGCGCGCGACCCGGAGACGUUGAUGCAGCCGCAUAUGGUAUAGUACGUAUGGGCGUGGGCGUGGGCAGGACAAGUCGAUUCCGGGAACGAUCAUUAAUCUUCUCCGGCGACAUCCUCGGACGGAUGCCAUGUCGUUUGAUAACAUGGCCAAGUGGAGAGUCGAGGCGGUCCGGCACGGGGACGCGGCGUUCUACCACGUGCGAGAGCGACCUCGACCCUGGCGACCCAGACGGCCGGCCCCUGUUGCGGGGGGGCGGACGGAGAUUGGGACUGAUCGUCGUCAAUCCAGUGUCGCCCGACAGCAUGGCCUGUUAGAAUCCCAAAAACGAACCGACAUGCAUACAUUCGCAUUUUUACAUCCGCAGCCAGCGAGUUGAGGGAGGACCGGCGCGUGUGGUCGGCCGAUGAGAUGAAGAUGCGCAGGGCGUUGAGAGGAUGGAUUUCACGAAGUGAGAACGGACAACGCCGUCUGAUGCAACGUCUCCAGGACGAAGGGGGGAAGGGGGGGGUGAGACACGCACCCUCCGUCCGGCCCAGCAAGGCAAGCUCCGAGGGGAAAGAAUUACCAAAGCAAAAAGACACGCGCGCAACAACCAGGAUAAAACGGAGUUCCCAUGGGGUUCGCUCAUCAAAAACAGGCAGCGGUAAGUAGUGGUGGUGGUGGUGGUGGUGGUGGGUUCGUGGUCCGGGAGGGACUCGAUAACUUGUUUAAUACGGACGGAGUUACAGACCUGUGUUUCCGAGUGGGCCCGGAAACGAGACCGAGUUGUGCAUGCACAAAGCCUCGAAUCCACGUUGGUCCCUGAACAGCGACCACCAACAUAAUCACAUCUCGGAGCCGAAGCACGGACGAAAGCGGACAAGUCCGUCCCACCGCGGGCGACGACGUCUUCUCUUUGUCCCAAGACAUUUGCGCGACACAAGAAGGCCGUUGGUGGCUGCGUCGCACACGGCAAAUGCCGCCACGUGUUGCAGAGACCCUUUUUUGUCGUCAAGGUUGUUUCCCCAAACGAUUGGAGCUAGGGAGGGGGAAGGCCAUCAGAGAGUCCGACGUUGCACGAAGUCAUGUGUCGCAAGAUACGCGCACCUGGUAUAAUGCGCUAUGCUGAGCAGUGCCACAUCUACGGUGCAGCACAGGCAUGGAUGGCAGCAGCAGAAGCAGCAGCAGCACCACCCCGUGGAACGGACGGUGAAGCCGCUGCCGCCUCCCCUCUCCGCCCGGACCGGGAUGCAACACACAGGGACGUAGGUGAAAGGGGAAGAACGGGGGAGAGAACAGGCGCACACACGAGGCAGAUAGAGGCGAUUAUCGUGGCUGGGCGAUGGAUGCAUGGAGGAUGGAUGGGGAAACCGAACAAGC